AUGACUGGAAUUCAAGCCCUGAGGUUUUUCCUUCUCUGCCUGGCACCAGCCCUUUCACCUGCUGUGAAGAUCAAUGCCAAAGGCCGAGAGAUCAUCUACCUGGCCAAGGGGGAGUCGGUGAAGUUGGGGUGUCCGUUUGAGCUGGAACCCCAAGAUGAUGGCCCCAAUGACUUGGAUAUUGAGUGGACACAGAUGAAUGCUGAUCCCACCAAUUUGGACAAUGUGAUCCUAAGCUAUCAAGGCCAGCAAGUGAUCCACCCUGGAUACCCAUAUUUGCAUCCCAGGGGUGGGUCAGGAAACCAAGAUGCCGGCCGCUUUAGUAACCCGGGAUUUCAGCAGAGCGAAAGCGGUCAGCGGUUUGGGUCGGUUGACGAUUGCUGCCAUGGCUUACAACAGCGGGUCAACUUCGCCCUCCCGGACCCAAGCAAGUACGACGCCUCCAUCAAUCUCCAAAAUGUUCAGAUCUCUGACUCGGCCACCUACGAAUGUAAAGUGAAGAAGACCUCCGUAGCCACCCGGAAAGUGACCGUCAGGGUACUUG